GACGUACUUAAAUCUUGUGUACAUAUCUGCUUUCUCCCAACAUACAUGUUGAAUAGCGCCCCGUUUCGGCUGCACAAGCUGAGCUGGGACUUGCUAACAUAUACCUCCGGCUGUACCGUCUCUUGAACGGGCUAAUCCAGAUACUACUAAGCUACGUUAUCGGUUGUAUCUGCCAGGACGAACUUACUGCUCCGUACCGUGAUGAUAUGGCGUGACAACCGCAACGUUGUUGCCCUUUGUGAGUGUAGACCAUUGGCUCACGUCUAUCAUUGGUGGUACGUUAUAUAAAUGGCAUCUCAGAACAAUCUCUUUGUUGUUGGUUUGUACCAGGGGAAGAUUCAUAUUGGAAUAUAUAAGCAGGUGCUCGUUACUGAGCUUCGAGCGAUGCUGUAGUAUUCUACGUGUACAGUGAGUUUACAUCAUGGUACUUCAUAUCCUUGGUCUAACUGUGCCUUCGGCUUGUACCGAUAUCAUGUCCUCGAUGACGGAAGAAGAUCUACAAGUAGGGAAUUUUUUUUUGUCGUCGUUGCAUGCUUGCUAGACAUACAUAUAGUGAUCAUUGAUUGGCUGAAUCUUAACUGGUGGCUGCAUUACUUAAUCGUGGUGAACACUGUUAGCAUUUCCCAUAGCUAUCAUGGCCAUAACAUAUGCGGCGCCAGCUAUGACUUCCCUGUUAUUACCCGACGACUCGUAUUCCGAUCCCGUACCUAUGAUGAGUCACGCGGCCUCAUCUACCUCUCGAGACCGGGCAUUCGCUGAUAAGAACGUUACUACGACGCGCGGCGGUCUCACCGCAACGAAUAUAGAUCUAAUUGAGUUAGCUCGUAAUUCAUAUGAAUUCAUGACGAAAGUCUCCGGAGCGUCAGUACAUGUCCUAGAACCAGAGAGAACAGAUCCUGUCUGCGCGUAGAAGAUCCAGAAUGAAGCACAGUCCCGCU